AUGGCGCUCCUGGUUUGCUUUGCGGUACUCGUGUUGGCUGCGGUUCAGGGUGUAGUUGGUCAGAAAGGUUUUUGUUCUUUACCUGGCUUUCUAAGCAUCGACUGCGGCCUGGAGGACGCCAACAGCGGCUACAAGGAAGAGCGCACCGGCAUCGUCUACGUCUCCGACGGCCCGUACGUCGACUCCGGCGAGAACCACCGGGUCUCUCCCGAGGCGGAGCGCGGACGGGAGCGUCGUUACGCGACCCUGAGGAGCUUCCCCUCCGGCGUGCGGAACUGCUACUCGCUGCCCACCGUCGCCGGGGCCAAGUACCUGGUCCGGGCCAGGUCCUUCUACGGCAACUACGACGGCGCCAACAGCUCGGCGACGCUGCAGUUCGACCUCUACCUCGGCGUGAACUACUGGGACACCGUCUACGCCGACCGCGACGAGAUCUACGAGCUGCUGUUCGCGGCGUGGGCGAGCUGGGCGCCGCUGUGCCUCCUCAACACCGGCCGCGGCACGCCGUUCGUCUCCUUCGUGGAGCUGAGGACCCUCGGCAACGACCUCUACCACCCGGACCUCACGGCCAGCCACUUCAUGUCCUUGUAUGAGCGUGGCAACUUGGGCUCAAACACUUCUAGCAUCACACGGUACCCUGACGAUCCGUACGACCGGUUCUGGUGGCAGACGAGAGCCGAUCCAACGUGGAGGAAUAUCUCAACGACGUUGGCUAUCGAGCAGAGUUACAACUACGCGGAGCCCACCCCAAUCGCGCAGACCGCCGUCGAGGCGGCGGCGGCGGCCGGGAAUGACACGGCGGUGCUCACCAUCGAGCGGCGGCAGGACAGGGCGGAGCACAAGUUCAUGGUGCUCCUGCACUUCGCCGACUUCCAGAACAGCAAGCUCCGGCAGUUCACCAUCGUCAUAAGCGACGACAAGCCGUACCUCUACACCCCGGCCUACCUGAAGGCCGAGACCAUCGGCAACGACGACUGGUACAGCGCCCAGAAUGGCAUGAUCACCAUCACGCUCGCCGCCACCAAUGCGUCCAAGCUGCCGCCGAUGCUCAAUGCGUUCGAGAUCUACACUCUCGUCUCCCAGGACAAUGCAACCACGUUCCCGAGAGACUUUGACGCGAUCAUGGCAAUUAAACUUGAGUAUGGUAUAAAGAAGAAUUGGAUGGGAGAUCCGUGUUUCCCUGAAGAACUUGGCUGGGAAGGUGUUAAAUGCAGCAUUGCCAGUGGUAAUAACACUAAGAGGAUAAUAUCUUUGGAUCUCUCCAACAGUAACUUGCAUGGGGUGAUAUCUAAAAACUUCACAUUGCUCACAGCACUCGAGUAUUUGACUUUGUCAGGCAACCAACUGAGCGGACCAAUUCCUAAUGCUCUCUGUCAGAACAAUAAUGGCUCAUUAGUUUUCAGGUUCGAUUCUGAUAUAGAUAUGUGUAAUCCACAUCGGCCAGCGCCAAGAAAAAAGGCAAACAAAGCAGCUACACUAGCUAUUUCGGUAGUGGUUCCUGUUAUAGCAAUUGCUGCUCUUGUUCUUGCCUAUUUGAUCUGGAGACAUAAAACAAAGCCCAGCAGUUCGUUUUCUACAGCUCAUUCUCCGAGAGAACUGGAACCUGAGAUUUCUCCAGCAAGUAGAAAAGAUCAUGGGGUUGCCUUACAAAAAAUUGAAAAUCGCCGAUUCACGUACAAGGAGCUUGAAAAUUUAACCGAUAAGUUUGAACGGUUCAUAGGACAAGGAGGUUUCGGACUCGUGUACUAUGGUCGUCUAGAAGAUGGUACUGAGGUUGCCGUCAAGAUGCGUUCUGAAUCGUCCUCUCAUGGGCUUGACGAAUUUUUUGCCGAGGUCCAAAGCUUGACAAUGGUUCACCAUAGGAAUUUAGUUUCAUUAGUUGGUUAUUGCUGGGAGAAGGAACAUUUUGCACUGGUUUAUGAGUACAUGCCUGGAGGCAGUCUUUACGAUCAUCUGCGAGGUAAUCAUGGUGUUAGUGGAACAUUGGAUUGGAGAACACGUGUCAGAGUUGUGAUUGAAGCUGCACAAGGCUUGGAUUAUCUACACAAAGGGUGUAGUUUACCAAUAAUUCAUCGAGAUGUGAAGACCCAAAACAUUCUAUUAGGUCAUAACUUGCAAGCUAAAAUAGCGGAUUUUGGACUUUGCAAGACUUAUCUUAGUGAAACACAAACUCAUAUAUCAGUUGCUCCAGCUGGGUCAGCAGGUUACAUGGACCCCGAGUAUUACCACACUGGCCGAAUCACUGAGAGUAGUGAUGUUUAUAGCUUCGGCGUUGUUCUCCUAGAGAUAGUUACAGGUGAAUCUCCUAUACAGCCAGGACAAGGACAUAUUAUUCAGCGUGUGAAAAAGAAGAUUGCUAGUGGUAACAUCAGCUUGCUUGUCGACACACGACUCAGAGGUGCCUAUGAAGUCAGCUCCAUAUGGAAGGUGGUUGAUACCGCAUUACGGUGCACGGAUGAUGUUGCUUCUCAAAGGCCAACAAUGGCUGCUGUAAUUGUGCAGCUUAAGGAGAGCCUGGCAUUGGAGGAAGCUUGGGAAUAUAGUGGCUUUCAGGGAAGCACAAAGACACCAAGUGAAACCACAAUUUCGACGUCAACAUUUGCUCCAUCAGCAAGAUGA